AUGAGUUAUAGACUACAGAACAUAGAGCUAAUUGAGAAGCAAAAAGCCUUGAAAUGUGAAUUAGAAAAAUGGGUAAUGAUUGAAGAGAGUAUAUACAAGCAAAGAUCUAGAGUUCAAUGGCUGAAGCCGGGGGAUUCAAACUCAGCCUAUUUCUUUGCACAGAUGAAGAAUAGGAGUUUGAAUGGAAUCCAAAUUCUAACAAAUGACAUGGGAACUCAACUAGUGAUGGAGGAUGAUAUAGAAGCAGAAAUAUUGGGAUAUUAUAAGAAACUGCUGGGGUCAAGAGCAGACAACAUUCCAGCCAUUAACCCAAAUGUCAUGAAACUGGGAGCAGUAUUAAAUAGAGAUCAGCAGUUACAGCUUAUCAAGCCAGUGACUAAGGAAGAAAAAUACUGGCAAAUUAUAGGAGAGAAUGUGACACAGGCUGUAUUGGAAUUCUUUGAAACAACUCAAAUGUAUAGAUCUAUCAACUGUACAGCUAUUACCUUAGUCCCUAAAGUCAGGAAUCCUGCUAGCAUUAAAGAAGACCUAUCUCCUGUUGUACUGUGCUAUACAAAGUGA